ACGUGAAAAUCAUAGAUAUCAACGACGGCUUCACAAGAAACCCUAAGAACCAGGGACACAGAUAAAGAGUUUGUUAUUCUAUUUCUCAGAUUAUUUUACAUCUUUUUCUGACGUUUACGGACAAAAAGAAAGAGAGAAAAGAUGGGAGAUGGUGUGACUCCUCCGCUUCUCAUCACAGAAAGGAACACAACAACGAUCCGUGUGAAGGAAGAAGUGAAGAAACAGCUAUGGCUUUCUGCCCCUCUCAUUGGUGUUAGCCUCCUUCAAUACUCUCUCCAAGUCAUCUCUGUCAUGUUCGUUGGCCAUCUCGGUUCUCUUCCUCUAUCCGCAGCCUCCAUAGCCACCUCCUUUGCCUCCGUCACCGGUUUCACAUUCCUCUUGGGAACAGCGAGUGCAUUGGAGACACUAUGUGGCCAAGCGUACGGAGCAAAGCUGUACGGGAAACUAGGCAUUCAGAUGCAAAGAGCAAUGUUUGUUCUUCUGCUACUCUCUAUUCCUCUCUCGAUCAUUUGGUUUAACACAGAACACAUUCUCGUACUCGUACACCAAGACAAGUCCAUCUCAAGUGUUGCUGGCUCUUACGCAAGAUACAUGAUCCCGAGUCUCUUCGCCUACGGACUACUUCAAUGCAUCAACAGGUUCUUGCAAGCGCAGAACAAUGUGUUCCCUGUGUUUGUCUGCUCUGGAAUCACCACUUGUCUUCACUUGCUUCUUUGUUGGUUGUUUGUGUUGAAGACUGGUUUAGGAUACAGAGGAGCUGCUCUUGCCAUCUCGGUCUCUUACUGGUUUAAUGUUAUUCUCCUCUCGUGCUAUGUCAAGUUCUCGUCUUCUUGCUCCCAUAGCUGGACCGGGUUUUCAAAGGAGGCUUUUCAUGAGAUUUAUGAUUUUUCUAAAAUUGCUUUUCCUUCAGCAGUUAUGGUUUGUUUGGAGUUGUGGUCAUUCGAGCUUCUGGUUCUGGCCUCAGGGCUUCUUCCUAAUCCGGUUGUAGAAACUUCCGUUCUUUCAAUCUGUCUAAAUACUUCACUAACAAUCUGGCAAAUCUCAGUUGGUCUUGGUGGUGCAGCGAGCAUACGAGUCUCCAACGAGUUAGGAGCAGGAAAUCCAGAAGUGGCAAAACUGGCUGUAUAUGUCAUUGUAGGCAUAGCAGUUGCCCAAGGUAUCGUGGUGGUAACGGUUUUGUUGUCGGUUCGAAAGGUCCUAGGCCGAGCUUUUAGCAGUGACCCGAAAAUCAUCUCUUAUGCUGCAUCGAUGAUACCUAUUGUCGCAUGUGGAAACUUCCUUGAUGGUCUCCAAUGCGUUCUCUCAGGGGUUGCUAGAGGAUGUGGAUGGCAGAAAAUUGGAGCGUGUGUAAAUCUUGGUUCAUAUUAUCUCGUUGGAGUUCCGUUAGGGCUAUUACUUGGUUUCCAUUUCCACAUCGGUGGUCGGGGGCUUUGGCUUGGAAUUGUUACAGCUCUAGCUGUUCAAGUGUUGUGUCUUUCCUUGGUCACUAUAUUCACAAACUGGGAUAAAGAGGCAAAGAAAGCUACAAAAAGAGUUGGAUCUUCGGAUGACCAAGAUGAUAAUGUCGAACAAUCAAUUCCAAAAUGAAGAAGAGCAAUGGAUUAGCAAAUCAGCAUAACGUUUAACGUUAAUAAUGAAUAAUGAGUGUUCGAUUCUUCUAGAGUUCUUUACGAGACACUAGUCCAUAUAUGCUAAUAUUAAUUCAGGGGCCAAGCCAAUAAUACCCAAAUGACAAUUCCCUUGAGGUUAUACGACCAAAAUUUUCGUAGGCCCAUGUUUGAACGAUGGAAUAUUUAGCAUGAGCUAUCCGAAAAAGUAAAAAGAAACUCUUUGUGCUUAACAUUUGUGUAUUUUUUAUGUAUUUUAACCAGAAACAUAAAAUAAAUUGGUUUUGGAAUUGCAUGGUCAUGUAUUUGUUUGCAAGUGUUUUCCUUGUACUAAUAUGACAACAUUUUACCAAACUCAACCCUAUUCACACGGUGGGUAAAAAAGUUCAAAAUAAGUUAAAACGUCGGCAUGAAUUGUGAUAGAGACCAGACUCUUUGUGACUUGUGAGGUAAUAAUACGACAAGGUCCUUCGUCCUUGUAAUAAAUCUAGCCAUAGAUUCUCAUGUAGGGUAAUACUCUCCUGUUUUGGCGCCCACAUCAUCUGACAUGAUCUUGACCGCACAUAAAUAAAACUGUUUCUGUAUCUCGUGUUUUUACUUGGAAUUGUAUGAGGGUUAACGAUUACGUUUAGACAACGAGAACACCUUUGUUGGCUUUGUACAGUUUUAAACAAAUUGGUAGGCCAGUUUUUUUUUUUCGAGAUUCGCCUCUCUCUAAAAACAAAAGCUCUCGCUUCUCUCUAACGACGAACCCUAACUCCGGCUCGGUUUAUUCCGGAGCCGGAGACCCCCUCUUUCCCAUUUUUUUUCUUUUUUUCUUUUGCUCCCUUCCCCCCACUUGACGCUGGUCGAGAUGCUCGAUGCUCUGGCUCGGCAAAUCCACCUUAAGUUUUCUUCUUGAGACAAACGGUGGUGAGAUCCGGUCUCUGGAGUAGCGGCGAGACCAACUUGACGGUGGUGUGGAAAGGAGUCGGCUUUUAGGGCUUACGGAGAAACCAGAUCUGAUUUUCCCCUUUCUAGAUCUCCGGUGACUCCGGUUCAGCGACGGCGCGUGGCCUCGGGAGACGUCUCCUCCACCGUGGAUCUAUGGUCCCUCACGACGGUGAGAUAAAAGGAGAAGGUUUGUGAUGGUGAGCUGACAGAGAAGGAUCUCCAGGUAUAAGUACCGGUUCUCGGAGAUCACACGAAUCACGACUCACGCGGACAAGGUACACAACAUGAGAUUACAUUAGCGGCGUUUCGUGGUGGUGGUUUCUAUUCCCCAGAGCAGAAAGCUACAACCAAUGGAUGGCACCGAUUCUCUAAAAGCUCGUAUUAGGUACACCAACCCGCCCUUUUGUAGCUGAAACCCGACUUUCAUUCGGAUCUCGUGUCCGUUUUAGGCUGAGGGUCACAGUGAUUGAAGACCAGCAGGAUGAGACUCCCUCGAUAAUGCACCUAUGGUGAAGAAGCUAAGUGACCAUGUACUUUGAAGCCAAGCUUUAGGAUCAUUUAGUUUGUUUUUAAUUGGUUCGGGGGUUGUUCUUAGUUCCGGUUGUGUUAGUAAACAUUGUUGUACCAUGAGGUUGAAUUUUAGGUGGUUGAAGGGGUGGAUUGCUUCGGGUCGUGGAGUGAUUUCAUCCCACUGUGGUUGAAAAAUACAAUGAAGGAUGUUAGGUUGCGUUGGUUCCAAGUAGUGAAUCAGGGUGGAACUAGACUACUUCAUUGUAUAUGUGGUAGAAAUCUUGUAUGGUCAUAAGCUUUGUACUAAGAAUUGGUGAAAUGAAAUGCUGUUGUUGAGC